AUGACGUGCAGUCCCACAUCCAGUGAGGAGGAGAUGGCCCUGUCCCUGUCAGAGGGUUCAGGGGCCGAAGACAGUGGGAGUUCCCGGGAGGAAACAAGGGGCCCAGGGGCCACAACAGUGGUUUCCAGUAGAGGGGACGUCAGCCGGGAAACGGAGACCUCCCUGGUUAUCUGUGUGGUCAUACCAGACCUCCAACAGUCGAUUGUCCUGAACUUUGAGUCCACCGCCACAAUAUGGUCAGCUAAGCAGCAGGUUCUGUGCACGCUGACCCAGCCACUGAGGGACGUCUUGAAUUACGGCCUGUUUCAGCCUGCGUUCCAGGGGCGUGAGAGUGGGUUUUUGGACGAAGAACAGCCACUGAGACUGUUCUCUAUACCAAAGUGUCAGGGUGUGCCUACACUAGAGUUCCGCUAUAAAAGUCGAGUCUACAAACAUACCAAUGUAAAUGAGAUGUUGAUUGCAAAGAUAAACAUCCAGACUAAUUUAAGACGUUUUAUCGAGUGUAUUCAGCAGUUGGAAACGGACAAGGUGGAAAAGAUGCUGGAUAGAGGCCUCGAUCCUAACUACCAUGACCCAGAGAAUGGAGAAACUCCACUAACAUUGGCAGUCCAACUGGGGGCUGGCUCAUCAUCUAUCAUCAUUGCAUUGAAGAAUGGGGGAGCUCAUAUGGACUUCAGAUCUCAGGACGGUCUGACUGCCCUCCACAAAGCUGUCAAAGCCAAUAACCAUGUGGCACUUAAAACCCUGCUGGACCUGGGCUCGAGUGUGAAUUAUAAAGACAGCCAGUCGCUCACCCCUCUGUACCAUAGUGUGCUGGAGGGGGGCGAGCUGUCCUGCUGCCUCCUGCUGCUCAGGUUCAGUGCCACGCUGGGCUGCAGCGACGAGAACGGCUGGACUGAGAUGCACCAGGCCUGCCGCUACGGCCACCUGAAGCACCUGGAGCAGCUGUUGCUCUUCGGAGCUGACAUCUCAUCCCAGAAUGCAACAGGAAACACUGGCUUGCACAUUUCUGCUCUCCACAAGCAGGAGCCAUGUGUGAGAUUGCUUCUGUCUAUUGGUGCAUGUAAGGACGUGAAGAACUACAGAGGUCAGACUCCUUUCCAGGUGGCCAUCACUGCUGGAAACUUCGAACUCGCAGACAUCAUCAAGACCUACAAGGACAAUGAAAACGUCCAUCUGAGGGAGAGCCCUCGAUGCGCCUCUCCCUUCCGGGUGAACCACGCCUCGCCCUCCAGCCACUGGGUGCCUUCCUCCAAGCAGCAGCUGGAGACGGCCCCCGUUCUGCUGCGCUCCAACAGCGAGGACAACAACCUCGACCCCGGCCCCAAGAAGUCCCACUCCUCCACCGUGGUGUCGACCCCCUCGGCCUCCCCGUCCUUCACCUCGCGCCGCAGUCCCUCCCCGUGCCACCGGAGCUCCUCGCCCACCAUGCCCUCUCCGGCGGUCAGCACCGUGAAGACGGUGGGAGGGGUGCGAGGGGGCCGGCCCUCCUCCCGGAGCAGGUCCCCGUCCCUGGGCAGACCGGCCGCGGAGGACGUCCGUCGACAACACCAAAGACACACAAGCCCCCAUAGUGGAGGGGGCCGUGCUGGCCCGGAACCGGCCCGUCACAGGACCCGCGAGGAGGCGGAGCAGCCCCGCAACAACACCCAGUACAGCGCCAUCCCUGCCAGACAGUUUGUGGCCAUCACACCGUACCACCCGCAGGCUGAGGGGGAGAUUGCACUGUGUAAAAAUGACAGAGUCAAAGUGCUGUGUGUUGGAGAAGGGGGUUACCUGAAGGGCAGCGUCCGCGGCAGUGUUGGCUGGUUUCCUGCUGAAUGCGUAGAGGAGGUGCCUACACAGGCUCAGGAAGAUAGACCCUACACAAGGCAUGACCAUGCGGAGCGAAGAAAGCUCUUCAGGAAUUACACCGUUGGCUCCUACGACAGCUUUGAGGCCGCCAGCAACCGUAUAAUUGAUGAGAAGACUGUGGUGCUGCAGAAAAGGGACAACGAGGGAUUUGGAUUCGUGCUGAGAGGGGCAAAAGCGGACACGCCCAUCGAGGAGUUCAGCCCGACGCCAGCGUUCCCGGCGCUGCAGUACCUGGAGUCUGUGGACGAGGGCGGUGUAGCGUGGCUGGCAGGUCUCAGGACCGGGGACUUCCUCAUUAAGGUGAACCAGGACAACGUGGUGAAAGUGGGACACAAGCAGGUGGUGAACAUGAUCCGACACGGAGGGAACCGGCUCAUCAUCAAGGUGGUGACCGUCAGCCGCACCCUAGACCCGGAGAAGACAAACCCCAAGAAAGUUCCCCCUACCCCAAGACGAGGACCAUCCACCCUGCUGUCCAUGGCUAUGAGGUCCAAGUCCAUGACUUCAGAGCUGGAGGAAUUAUCUACACUGAAAAGGAAGAAGGAUGAUGACCAUGCAGAGAAGCCAAUGUGGGACAGUAACCGUAACAGCACACCUAACGUAGAGAGCAGAAAACCCCCACCAAAGACACGCUCAUCCAGUCGCUACUCACCCUUCAAUCCUGAGAUGAAUUCCAUUGGCGAUAUCCAGGAAGUGCCUCCGCCGAGCCGGGCAGGACCAACGAACGCCAGAGCAGCUUACCUCGGUAUUCCUAAACAGGGAAUCAUCAGGAGACAGAAAUCCAUCGGUAAGGACAGCACUGGGGUCACCGAGGAGGAGAAGACCUUCCUGUCCCCCCCCAUGCUGAAGCUGGCCCGGAGCCUCUCCAUGCCGGACACCUCCGAGGACAUCCCCCCGCCGCCGGCCGUCUCCCCCCCCUCCCCCCCGUCCCCCUCCCCCUACACCUCGUCCCACCCCCAGGCCCCGGAGCCUGAGGAGCGGGUGCUGUACGGCGGGGCGGUGUACCCCCGGUUCCCCCAGAACGGGGCCGCCCCCGGGAAGGGCGGCCCUCCCGCCGCGGAGAAGGCCGAGGACAGCGAGGACGCGGCCUGGAAACGGAACGCAGCGGGCACAGCCCAGCAGAGUUUUCUCAACCGCUGUACCCCAGCCCAGAUCCCAGAGAACCCCUACUCUGACCGGGCCAAGCUCAGCUCCAACAUGGGCUCAUUCAGCGUGAGCAAACAAGCAAGGAAAGGGAUGCUGAUGAAGCAGCCAAAGGUGGAGGACAAGCCAGAGAAGGGGUCUUCCAUCCCCAUCCCCACCAUCAUCAUCAAGGAGCCGUCCACCUCCAGCAGCGGUAAGAGCAGCCAGGCCAGCAGCAUGGAGGUGGAGCCUGGAAGUCAGGAUCUGCCAGGCCAGCUCCGGCCAGACACCGCCCCCGACACCAGCAGUGUCUUCGUGGUGCCCACCAUACGCUCCCGGAGGCUGGCCGACCUGCGGAACUCCGUGUCCUUCAGGUCCACGGACCUGGGUGACGAGGAGCCCGCCGCCCACGCCCCGUCCCGCCUGCGCCAGUCCCGGUCCAUCGACGAGGGCAUGCUCAGCAGCGACGAGCACUUCCGCCGGCUGGUGGUCAACCCCCUGUCCCUGCUGAACAUCCCCGACUCCAACGGCGGAGGCGCGGCGGCGGGACACCUGAUGGACUGCAACGCCCCCGAGCCGUCCAUGCUCCGAGCCCCCCUCAGCACCCGGACCGGCCUGCACCACUCUCAGCAGCACCAGCACCACCUCAGCCCCCUCAGCCUGCCCGUCAAGACGUACACGCCCACUCUGUCCUCGCUGUCCUCGCCGGCCUCCCCGUCCAUGGGAUACGGACACUACCUGCACCCGGUCACCGGUAAACCCUUGGACCCCAGCUCCCCGCUGGCCCUGGCGUUGGCCGCCAGGGACCAGGCCAUCAGGGGACAGAAUCAGCCGCAGCCGCUCAAGACUCAAGAGUCGUCCAAGUCGGACCUCAACAUGCCGUUGUUCAUCGAUACCAAACUGGCUCGUCCGAGCGCGGAGUCGUCCUUUGGCAGUGCGACGGUGACCCCGUUGGCCCGCACCGGGCCCAGGGGAGCCCUGCGGAGGCAGAUGACCGAAUCCAAGUACGAGACGGACACCAAGUACGAACACCCGCUGGCCAAGGACAAGAAGAGAGCGGAGCCCACGCAGCGGGACGAAGACCUGUCCCAACACAAGCGGGCCGGCCUCCUCAUGGUGCACACCUCGGACCGCACGCGCCGCGGCUCCUCGGGGGGUCUUUUGGGGGGGGAGGAGCGGGGCGCCAAGAACGCCGCCUCCAAGGACCACAGCCAGCCGGCCUCCGCGCCGCCCUUGUCUCAUAAUCCGUCUCACAUCCACAUCUCCCCGCACAAGACCUUCAUCACCGUCAGCGCGGCCGAGGAGCCCGUCAAGCUCCCGUUCGGCAUGAUCCCGCCGCCGCCGCUGGCGUCCGUGGACAUCCCCGAGGACGAGCUCUUCCCCGAGUCCCUCCCGCCGCCGAUAGAGUUCGCCAACAGCUUCGAUAUCUCUGAGAGCCAGGCCAGCAGCAUCGCCGAGCUGCUGAAACAAACCAACAACCUGUCCUCUGACCAGGCCCUGGCCAUCACCGAGAUCCUGAAGCAAACGCAAAACGCCUCGCCGGGCUCCGCCUCCGCCGCCCGCCAGAGUUCCGUCUCCCCGUUCUAUCCCUCCUACUUCCUGCCCACAAACAGCCAACAUGAGAUAAAGUGUGCACCAGCUGGCCUGACCAACACCAUGCUUCCUAUUUAUCCCGAGGUCUCCCUAGACAGCUUCGGGCCGGUGGGCGAUUCAGGGAUAGAGGUGGAGGUGGACAGCAGGUCGGUCGGCGGGGACCCCCAGCUGGAGACCACUGGCACUGUGUCCAACGUCUCUUCCAUGUCCACCCUGUCCUCGGAGGGGGGGGGCGAGGGUCUGGACCCUUGCUCUGUCUAUGCAGACGGUCAGGCCUUCACCGCUGCGGCCAUGAUCAACAAAUCCAACAAAAGCACCAAGGUGAAAACGCACAAUGUGAUGCUCCACCACAGGAGCGGGAAGGACAUGGGACACGAGGGCAUGAUGGCCCAUCGGGACGAGAGCUCCUACAACGGAGGAGGACCUCCCUCCUACGUCCCACCUCCUCCUGCACCUGGGGAGGGCCCGCGCACGCCCCGGGACGGAGGAGAGGGGAAGCUCCCUCACAUGUCUAAAGCUGGAGAAACAAGGAGAUCCAGGAACCCGGACUUCUCCUCUGGCGUGCCGCGCAGGAACACAGUCACCUUCGCUUCCACGACUGUCCUGUCGUCGCUCUCGUGCCAAGAGGUCAUCACCAACUCCAGCGCGCUCUCCGGUUCCAACCAAAGGUCCCCCUCCCCGAGCCUCUCCCCUCCCCCUGACGCCGGCCACAGGCAUCCCCCUAACACCUCCUCCUCCUCCCCCUCCUCGUCCGCCCUGGCCGACCUCUACGCGCUUCCGCCUCUGGGCUCGGGGAUCUCCCGCUCGUCCUCGCCCCUGCUGUCGUCGCCUUCCGCCUCUUCCAAUAAGCCCUUCGCCUCCAAGCCCCUGGUCCUCUGGAGCAAGGAGGACGUGGCCGACUGGCUGGACCACCUGAACCUGUCGGAGCACAAGGACGCCUUCCUGGACAACGACAUCGAGGGGAGCCACCUGCCGUCGCUGCAGAAGGACGACCUGGUGGACCUGGGGGUCACCAGGGUGGGGCAUCGGAUGAACAUAGAGAGAGCUCUGAAGGACCUGAUGGACAUGUAGCUAGGUCUGAGCGCACGGGGAGGGAGGUGGCCCUGCUGCACACCGCACAACAUUGAUGGCUUUAGAACGUGGUGGUAUAAUGCUGUAAUGUUUUACUGUAUGACUGUUUAAAAUGCUGAAAGACUUUAUAUAUAUAUAUACAUAUGUAGAUAUAGUACAUUAGUUAUCGAUUUAACUAGAUUAGUUUGAAAAAGUACUGUUUCAAAAAGUAGUGAAAGAGAUCCAGCAGAACUAAUACUGAGUAAUAGUUGAAUAUAUUUAAUUGAUAUCCCAGGUUGAGAUAUUACUGCACACCAAGCUUGAAGAAACAAACAUGGAAUAGACAUAGUCGUUUUGUGGAAUAUGUCAUUUUUUAACAGAUGACUGUAGAGGAGUGUAAUUUAUAGGUUUAAAGUGUGGACAUUUUAACUCUCUCACAUCUGUUGAAUGUCAAAACACCACCUGCUGUGUGGUGCAUGUGUCCGUGCAUUUUUCUACUUUCAGGACUUUUCACCUUAAGUAUUUGGUUAAAAAAGAACUUUUGGGAUUUGCUGCUAUUCCAGUCUUCUUACAUGAUAAUUGUAAACAGAUACAGACUGUAUUUUAUCAAUUGUGGCCAUUUGCAACCUUUUUGCUAAUGAUACAAAUAUAGAGCAAUGUUGAAUGAGAUGUACUGCCCAUAUACAUAAUCCUGGCCUUAAGGGAAGUAUAACUUUACAAACAUAUUAUAUCAGAUUAUAUCAUCUCUUCUUUACCAAACAUUUUCAUUUUUUAUGUUAUACAUGGGUAUGUUGCCAACUGUAACAUAUUAUGUACAACAUAACAUUUGAUCUAAAUAUAACCAUUCACAAACUUAUCUAACUAAACAUUUCUAAAACAAAUUCUACAAAAGUGAAAUAAUAAAUAUAAACUGUCCACUUCACAUUAGGCUUAUUAUGUUCAUGUUACUUUCAUUUUCUGAGGCCUAAAGUAUAUUAAUUUAUGUUUGGGUCUUGUUUUAGAUCAAGUGAUGCAUGUUUUAAUAAUUAGAUGAAGGAAAAACAGGCAGCAUAUGAGAGAACUAUAAAUAAAUUGUAAAUCAUAAUUGAAGCUGCAGCAGACAGUCCCACACUUAGAGCCAUGCCAUGUGUAAGUGUACCAAUGCUUAUAAGCUAAUAGAAUAAGAUGGUCAUUAUGAAUCCAGGGGUGUUUUCUUCCUCCCAUUUUGUCAUGUAGGUAGGUGUCCAUGGCAGCAUGAUUAGACACAAAUAUGCAAUUCACACACAGAACCACACCAUAUAUUCAACAGUGGCAGUUACUGUCCAACAUUAAAUAUUUUUUGUAUUUUACAUUGUAUUGCUGUAUUA